CGGAAAUAUUAAUGUCGUGCUUCCGGGAGGUGAGCUGCCUGGUAAACACGCUGCCGCAGGGAGUCUUCUACCAGAGAGCCGAGCUGCUGUGCCGCUGCCUCCGAGCCUCAGGUGAGCCAUGAGGAACAGGGUGGACCAGCGGCUCAGACUCCGAGUGGAGCAGUACCUGAAGAGCAGCAGCAGUGCCUAUGUGGACAUUGCAGCGAUGGCAGGUGAACUGCAGAGAGUGUACAGGAUGGAGUAUGGCAGGAGAAACAAGACAGCGUUCAGGAUUCAAGUAGAGAAAGCUUAUGGAGCGAUCGCAAAUGAGUCCGAGCUGAAUGACCUGGAGAGCAAGCAUCUGGCUAAGAGGAGCAAGCACAGCCACGAUGACAUGGGUGAUGGCAGCAGUACCUCAGAUGAAUGCUCUGACAGUGAUGAAGCCGUUGUGGAGAAUCAGCCCACCAACCACAUGAACAGCUCCUUGAUGUCUCUGUACCGGCAGGGUAACCCUGAUACUACCACCUCCUCACCCAGAAGGGUGCAGUCCGCCGCCAGUGCACCCAGCCCCAGCCCCAUCACCAGCACAGAGACAGUGGUGUCCACGGGGGGCUGGUUCAUUGAUAGAGGCAAAGGCCCCGAGCAGAGCAGCAUCCUCAUUGACCUCUGUGAGGACGAGGCAGCCAAACCAGCAACAAAUCAGACAGACACCUCACUGCUUGAGCCUGAGAAAAAUCGGAAAAAGUCCAAGAGGCGGAAGGAGAGUAAGAGGAGCAUCGAAGACACUGAUUCGGGCACCCUGAACAAGAAAGCGAAAACAAAGUCACCUGAACUGCAGUAUUCCACAGUGAAGUUUGAAGACUUUGGAGGCAAUGAGGAGACUCUGACGGAGGUUUGUAAGCUGCUGAUCCAUAUGCGCCACCCCGAGGUUUACCAGCAGCUUGGACUGGUUCCUCCCAGAGGCUUCCUCCUCCAUGGACCACCUGGCUGUGGCAAGACCCUGCUGGCCCAGGCUGUGGCUGGAGAGCUGGAGCUGCCCAUGUUGAAGAUCUCUGCUCCGGAGCUGGUGUCUGGUGUCUCUGGGGAGUCUGAGCAGAAGCUCAGAGAGCUGUUCAGCCAGGCUGUGACCAGUGCCCCAUGCAUCCUCUUUAUAGAUGAGAUAGAUGCCAUCACCCCUAAGAGAGAGGUUGCCUCUAAAGACAUGGAGCGGAGAAUUGUUGCUCAGCUUCUCACCUGCAUGGAUGACAUGAACAGCCUGGCACUAACCGCCCAGGUUGUGGUCAUUGGUGCCACCAACAGGCCAGAUUCCCUGGACCCUGCGCUCCGCCGAGCUGGACGGUUUGACCGGGAGAUCUGCCUCGGCAUUCCUGAUGAAGCAGCUCGUCUCAGAAUCUUGAAGACCCUGUGUCGAAAUCUGAAGCUGCCCGAGGACUUUGACUUCCUGCAGUUGGCCCGACUCACCCCAGGCUAUGUGGGCGCAGACCUCAUGGCGCUGUGCCGUGAAGCUGCCAUGGUUGCUGUAAACCGGGUUCUCCUGAAAAUGCAGAGUCAAAGCCGGAGCCCCACAGUGGACAUUUCAGAAGGUGGGCCCCAGGAAAAAGCUCCUCUGCCACAGGAGCCACUCAGGGAAGAGAGCUGCGCUGUAGGAUCCAUCGAUGGCCACCCCUCUGCCAUGUCAGAAAGCCAAGAUAUGAGAGAGCUCAGCACGUUGCCUCAAGCAGAUCCAAGGCAGCAGAACUCGGAGCAGGGGGAGCUGUGGCACGUGUUGUGGCUGCUGAAGAACACAGAGUCUCUGUCAGAGGAGGAGCUGGCCGGCCUGUCCAUUCACAUGUCUGACUUUCAGGCUUCCCUGGCCAACGUCCAGCCCUCAGCCAAGCGGGAGGGCUUUGCCACCGUGCCCGACGUCACCUGGGACGACGUAGGGGCCCUUCAGGACAUCCGGGAGGAGCUGACCAUGGCCAUAAUGGCCCCAGUGCAUUUUCCAGACCAGUUCAAAACACUGGGGCUCAGUGCUCCAUCAGGAGUGCUGCUGGCGGGACCUCCAGGCUGUGGAAAAACGCUGCUGGCUAAGGCAGUGGCCAAUGAGUCAGGCCUCAACUUCAUCUCUGUCAAGGGCCCUGAGCUGCUCAACAUGUAUGUGGGAGAGAGUGAGCGGGCCGUGAGGCAGGUCUUCCAGAGAGCACGAAACUCUGCUCCCUGUGUCAUUUUCUUCGAUGAGAUUGACGCCCUGUGCCCACGCAGGUCAGGCAGUGAGUCAGGUGCCAGUGUGAGGGUGGUGAACCAGCUGCUGACAGAGAUGGAUGGCCUGGAGACUCGGCGCCAAGUCUUCAUCAUGGCGGCCACCAACAGACCAGACAUCAUUGACCCUGCAAUUCUGAGGCCUGGCCGUCUGGACAAAACUCUGUAUGUGGGACUGCCGCCUGCGGCAGACCGCCAUGCCAUCUUGCUCACCAUCACCAAGGGGGGAACCAAACCUCAUCUGGAGCCGGACGUCAGCCUCGAAGGAAUCGCCCACGACAGCCGCUGUGACUGCUUCACUGGAGCUGACCUGUCUGCAUUAGUGCGGGAAGCAUCUGUCAACGCCCUGAGGGCCUACCUGUCACAACAUUCCCCAUCGUACUCUGGUCACACAUUCUCCAGCUGUCCAGUCACUGACAUCAGGGUGAGCCGGCAAAACUUUGAAGAUGCCUUCAAGAAAGUACGGCCAUCUGUGUCCAAAAAGGACCAGAUGAUGUACGAAAAGCUGAAAGAGUCUCUGAUGACGUAAGUUAUCACUUGACCAGAGAAUAACUGCCAAUGUCAUCGCCACCAAAAGCAAUUCAACUUUGUACAUAAUGACUUUACAACAGUCUGUGAUGUACACUAUUGAAAUAGUGAAUAAUCAUUUUGUAUGUACAGAUAUUUUUGUAUCAGAAUCAAAAACUGAUUGUUGAAAUAAAGCUGCUGAGCUUUGAGCUUUA